CGGCUUUAACGGCGGCGGUGGGGGGGACUGCGAUAAGCGCUGUGAUGCCGAUUUCGAGGUUGGUAGAGACGUUGAUAUCGACGUUGAUAUCGACGUUGAUAUCGACGGCGCCGCUGGGGUGGCUUGCACCGCUCUCACUGACGCUUCUACUCCACCAUCCACUCCACCACACGCCUCGCCAGCCGCAGAUCCAGAUCCAAACAGACGACCACCCAGCAUCGUCUACGAGGCAACACACACCCUGUCCCCGCGCCCGCGGCUCCGUGUCGUGCAUCCCAAUACCUCACUGACCUCACUGACCUCACUAACCACGGGAGACGGGGAGUCACACAUCCCGCGCCAGCCGAAGAGCG